AUGGAGUUGGACAACAGCUCUCUGGACUAUUUCCUGCUCAACUCCUCCGAGGUCCCAGAGGCGGGUGCAGUGCAGCCCUGGAGUGAUGCUACAGUACUGGGCUUUCAGAUCUCUCUAUCUGCUGUUCUUGCACUCGUCACCCUUGCCACAGUGCUCUCUAAUGCCUUUGUCAUUGCUACUAUUUUCCUAACCAGAAAACUCCACACCCCGGCCAACUUCCUGAUAGGCUCUCUGGCUGUGACAGACUUACUGGUGUCUAUUCUGGUCAUGCCCAUUAGCAUCGUCUACACUGUGAGUAAGACGUGGUCCUUUGGGCAGAUUGUGUGUGACAUCUGGCUGUCAUCUGAUAUCACGUUCUGCACGGCGUCCAUCUUACAUUUGUGUGUGAUUGCCUUGGAUCGUUACUGGGCCAUCACAGACGCUCUGGAGUACUGCAAGCGCCGCACCAUGAGGCGGGCAGCCGUUAUGAUCGGAGUGGUGUGGGUUAUCUCCAUAUCCAUUUCAAUGCCUCCUCUUUUCUGGAGGCAGGCCAAGGCUCAGGAGGAGCUGACAGAUUGCAUGGUGAACACAGAUCAAAUCUCUUACACUAUCUACUCCACCUUUGGGGCCUUUUACGUGCCCACAGUUCUCCUCAUCAUUCUCUAUGGGAGGAUCUACGUGGCUGCACGUUCUCGGAUCUUUAAGACACCAGCAGCCAGUGGGAAGCGGUUCACCACAGCUCAGCUCAUCGAGACCUCUGCCGGCUCGUCUCUGUGCUCGCUGAACUCCGAUGCCCACCUGCACACCGCCGGGGCAGGCAGCUCCCCGCUCUACGUCAACAGUGUCAAGGUCAAACUGGCUGACAGCGUGGUGGAGAGGAAACGCCUGUGUGCAGCACGAGAACGUAAAGCCACCAAAACCCUGGGCAUCAUCUUGGGAGCCUUCAUCGUGUGCUGGCUGCCCUUCUUCGUGGGCACACUGGUGACGGCCAUCUGUAAGGACUGCUGGUUUGACCCGGUGCUGUUCGACGUCUUCACAUGGCUGGGCUACCUCAACUCUCUCAUUAACCCAGUCAUUUACACUGUCUUCAAUGAUGAGUUCAAACAGGCUUUCCAAAAACUUGUUAAACUUCGAAGAAUCUGA